CUGACGUCAUUGAGGGGCGGGCGGAGCGUGGCUGAGGGUGGGAUCCGGGUCUGUCGCCAGCGCCGCGCUCCCGCCGCCCCCUCCCCGCCCCGGGUCGCCUCCCUCCCUCCCUCCCUCCCGCCCGCCCCUUUGUCAUCGAGUCGCUGGCUGGACACCGGCAUGACAUCUCCGAUCAGCAGCCAAGAGUGUGCAGAGCCGGCCACCGGAGCGGCGGCGAUGUCUGAGCCACCAAAGAAGAAGCAAAGGACAGUGGAGGACUUCAACCAAUUCUGUACCUUUGUGUUGGCGUAUGCUGGCUAUAUUCCAUAUCCCAAAGAGCAUGACCCCUGGGCACACGCCAACCUGAGUCCUCGCAACAGCACGGGCAGCACUCUGGACAGCGACAGCUGGGAGUCCUCGCGCUCGUCAGACUCCCACAUUCUGCACUGCGGCAGGAAGCUAAAGUGCGUGGGUGCCAAAGACGGGGCGAAGCGGGGGAAGGUGGACGGCAUGUGGCUGGAACGGCCUGGGUUCUCCAGCUCGCUCUUCAACACCCCCGAGAAGUUCAAGUCCGAGAAGCCGAAGAAGAAGAUCUCCUCAAAGAAAGCUAGUCUGGAUGGUGCACGGAGGAGGAAGAGUCCUGAAGGUGGGAAGAGGAUGGGCUUGGAAAACAUCAACAAGGUGCUGGAAGUGUCCCAACCUCCCGUCCAGCUUCCCAAAGCAGUGGAGACCCGGCCAACUGUCGAGAAGAUGCCGCAGAGCGACACUGAGUCCGACGAGGAAACGCUGAAGAUCGACCUGCAGGCUGAAGAGAUCUGCAAGCCGGUCCCAGUGCUGGAGGAGGUUAAGGAGCAGGCCGUAGAUCCUGGGACAACCCCAGUGAGCGAGCCAGAGAAAGAGGUGAUGACAGACCAGGGGAAGGUGAAGCAGCCUGAUGGAAAGGAGCAGGUGGAAGGUCAGAACAUGGAAGAUCAGCCAGUGGAAAAUCAGCCAGUGGAAAAUCAGCCAAUGGUAGAUCAGCCGGUGAAAGAUCAGCCAAUGGAAGAUCAGCCAAUGGAAGAUCAGCCAAUGGUAGAUCAGCCAAUGGUAAAUCAGCCAAUGGUAGAUCAGCCGGUGAAAGAUCAGCCAAUGGAAGAUCAGCCAAUGGAAGAUCAGCCAAUGGAAGAUCAGAAGGAGGAGGAGGAGGAGGAGGAGGACAGGAACGAGCCAGAAUCUGGAGUGUUGGAUGGGACCACGGCCAAUUCAGAACCUCCGGACCCAACACCAACAGAAAACCUCAAAAUUGAAGAAGACGAUUCCUGGGAUCUGAUCACAUGUUUCUGUAUGAAGCCUUUUGCGGGCAGACCGAUGAUUGAAUGUAACGAGUGUGGCACCUGGAUCCACCUAUCCUGUGCUAAGAUCAGGAAAUCGAACGUCCCCGAGGUCUUCAUCUGCCAGAAGUGCAAAGAUUCCAAGCAAGACAUCAGGAGGUCGAACCGGGCUCGGACUGGGCCCAAGAAACGAUUCAGUGAGUAGCCGGGCGAUUCUGGCUGGUCUCAUGGACAAUCAGGAACACUUGGAACUGGGAAACCCUUUGGUUCUGGUCCCACGUGGAAGAUAUGCCUUUCAGACGAGGCACAAUGGUGCAGGAUUCACCGUGCAUUGAAUGUGUACAUAAUCCAAGCCCACCCUUCAGUCCAUCUGAUCCGUCGUACCUUGUUUCUUUGGUGGAGUUCUUAUUAAAAUCUGGGACUUGGAGACUGGGACCAAGGCGGCAAGAUGUUCCGCGCCGUCCUAUUUAAGGGUCUGUGGUUUCACUGACUUUGGAGCAGGACUUCAAUGUAAAUGCCAUAGAUUAUUUGUUACUGGAAGUGUGGACCAUGCCCAUUGUCAAUGGAACAGUUGGUGGGUGGGUAUGGGUUGCGGUGUGGUUUAUGGUGAGGGGCAUCGGACUCUCCUGGAGCUGGUACGGGGGUGGCAGGGGGUUGGGAGUGGAGGCAUCUGAACAUCCUUUUCAGAGCGGUGUGAUGUGCACAAAACCUGUCGAGGGGGAACACAAAGAUAUUGCCCCCCUCCUGUGUCCGGGAUGUUGUUCACUGUCCACCAAAGAUCACGUGAGUAGCCCUAGGUCCAGGUUUGAGAAGAUCUAGGCUUCCAUGAAUGUGUCUACUACCAUGGUUAACGUUGGAAGUUGGGCUAUGGUUCAAUAGCCCCACUUGGUUCCUCCAUGCACCCCUGCCAGUAUAUUGUUCUAAAAAGAAGUGCAAUUAAAGUUUGAGAAUUGUUACCCAUUGAAUGAUAGGAAUGAAUAGUUUGUGAUCGUCCUGUUUUCAGACAAUGGACUCAAGACACUGGCUGGGCCUUUAGCCUCUGCACACCUGUCCCUGGCCUUACCUGUGGCUGAUGUGUGCAAGUGUCGAGGGGUCUAACGCUAAAAGCCCAGCUGUGAUGGAGAAGGGCAGAGGUCGGGGGUGCUGCAGUGUUUGGCCAAGUCACAGCUCGAUUGCCUAGCCAAGGUGUCUCGUUCUGCACUGCCUUAAUCCAAUCUUUGGCCACACAGCCAAAUUGCUCUGCGACCGCCUCUCUCUGCCUUUCUCGCUGUCCCCACCACUGUAGGAUGAAGAAACCGGGAACUGCAGAUUCUGUUUAAUAGGGCACAAUGCUGGAGUAACUCGGCAGAUUAGGCCGCGGAUCUGGAGAACAUGAAUCGGUGAUGUUGAGCCUCAAUCCAAAAUAUCACCUUUCCAUGUUCUCCAGAGAUGCUGCCCGACCCGCUGAUUUACUCCAGCACUUUAUGUUCCACCAUCGAAGAUGCAGACUGGCCUACACUGUUUCCAUUUAACCAGGUGGAUGUAAGGCAGGGGGGGGGGAGUUGGCUGCUUGGGACUAAUGGCGGUGUAUUUAACAAUAGAGGCUGGGGUAACUGGUGCAGCCCAGAGGGUGUGGGUCCAAUCCAACUCUCCAGGCACCACCCUCUCGCUCUGAGUUCCCGGCAUCUUGGAGCGGGUAUAAUUGUCAGCAGACAGUUUAUGUACAGAUCUAGCUGGGAGAGUUGUAACCACAAUCCAGGCGGUUUCUAUCCCCAAGUGCUUUGUUUAACUGAAGCAGCCUUGUUGGCGGGUAUCGGCUUAGUUGGAUGAGUUCCUUAGCACAAGUCCACUGUUUAGAGUCCACUUGCUUAAGCUGAACCUCUCUGGUUUUAGUUCUUGGUGCACUUUCCACUCCAGCGUGACAGGACCUCUGACACCUCUGGAAUCAAUGUUCCUCAGGCAGAUUGAUGGGUUCCUUUAUUUACCACCAUGAUGGAUGUUUCUUUCGUUUCAAGUUCCUGUUUUGAGGAAUUUGGGCUUUCAGGAGAGGUAUUGUUAGAAGGCUGUCCAAUGAGUUGGUGAUCCGUACUCAGGUUAUGGCUCCAUUAUGGGGUCAAUGGGUCUGCAGUGGGUCUACAGUCCCCACUCUGGUCCAUAUCACCCCACGAUACACUCCUGGUGAGUUUUGCCCAUAGAAAGCUUAUGGUUCUCUUGUGAGCAGGUGAGUGGCCAUCUGUUGAUGCAAGGGAGAAGAGGCAAGCCCGAUGACUAUGGCACCUCAAUAGGAGCUAAAGUCAGCCAGGAGGAGGCGGUGGUGGGGCGUGCAGUCACGGGAUGGAUGGUGAUGUUCUCACAACACUGUAGCUGGGGGUUACCCCAGCCCCUGUAAACAGCCCAGAGAGUCUUAAUAAUGUCACACCUGGGUCUUGUAACUUAGCCCAGUGCUAAACGCCAUUUAACGGUGCGUUUGUAAAUAGCCUUGAAAUUCUUCUGUAAAUAGUGUUCUGGAAAGGCACAGUGGGUGUUAUGGAGUGGCCCGUGAAGUUUGGGGAUUGGUGGUUUAAAUUUGCACUAAAUCGUUAACCACGAUACCUGGGGACGGACAGUGCUCGGCUGGGUUAUGUUGAACAAAUGUAAAAUAUGUGAAACCUCCGGAUGUAAAGUGCCAGGUGUUCACCGUGUUCCUAUUUUAUUCUGUAAGGCUAUUUCUGUGCAAAUGAUUUAUAGUGCUGCAAGGUUUGGUCACGAGGGAGAUGGAAAUGAGAAAAUAAUUUUUAAAGCUCCCCCACCUCUUUCCCCCCCCCCCCCCCCCCCCCCCCCCCCAGCUCCCUAUACCUACUACGCCCUCCUUACCCACUUUCUUGCUCCAUCGUUCUUUCACUCUGCAAUCUUCUCCUUCCCAUUCUCAUCCUUCUACUACCCCAACUUCUUCUGCCCCCCCCCCCCAGACCCAACCUCCUUUUCCAUCACCACAGUUGCUGGAUUUUCUAUUCUCGAGAGGUAAAAUAAAUCUACACAGAAUAAA